AUGGGGGUUCAACGUGCAGCCAAAUUGGCCGUUGCGGGAAUCGGCGUGGCACUCGCCAUCGUGUCCUGCUGCUACAUGGCCGACAACUACCUCGUCAUCUCCCACCCUACCCUCUGCAGCGGCGUGUCGAACGCGACCCUCUGCUCGCAAGAGUUCCGCGCAGCACGCAUGCAACUCAGCGUUAUCCCGCAAACCGCGGACCAAGUCACGGCCGCCAUGGUCUCCGCGGUGGCGGCGCAAGUCUCCGCGAUCAUCGAUGCCGCCGCGGAGAUCAAGCGCGCCAAUGUGAGGCAGAAUCACUUCAUCAAUGUCGUGGCGGACGACUGCAGCACGCAGGGCGGCAUCGCGCUGCGCUACCUGGGCCGCACGUUGGACGCGAUCGACACGGACAGCGCGCAGCACGAUCGCGCGUUCUGGCUGUCCGCCGCCAGUACGCAAGUGGGCAACUGCGUCGACGGGUUCAAGACGCUUGCACCCUCAGCCACGUUCCAGCCGGCAUUCGUGCAUCUCGAGACCGUCGCCAACAAGGCGAGCGACACGCUCGAAGCCGUGGUCGCUAUCGCCAAAAAGGCUGCAGCAGGCCCGCCCGAGUUGGGUCGCAAGCUCGCAUCGUCCGAGCCCGCUGAUGUCGCAGGAGGCGCCAAGUGGCUGGACGACGACUUUGUCGCACAGCUGCGACAGCUUCAGGCGGAGCUGAACGCCCUGGGCGACGGCGUUCACGACUACGUCGCACGGCGGGAGCUGCGACGCCGUCACGACGACGACGACGAUGAUGAUGACGACGACGAGGAUAAGAAGGACAAGAAGAGCAAGAAGAACAAGGGCAGCAGCGGCGGCAGCGGCGGCGGCAGCAGCAAGAGCAAGAACAAGAACAACAAGAGUAAGGGGAAGAGCAAGGGCAGCGGCGUGAAACCCGCUUCAGGUCCCAUUCGCGCGAGCAAGGGCCUGAAGGCCAACGCCGUCGUGAAAGGGAAGAUCCAGUCCGCGAUUGACGCCGCUCCCGGCGGCAGCCAAUACGUGAUCUACAUCCCCGCCGGCACCUACAGGGAGCAGGUCGUCAUCGACACCCCCGAUAUUAUCCUUAUCGGGGCCGGCGCCGGCGCUACCGUGAUCACGUACGACGAGAGCUACGGCAGCGGGUCGAGCACGUUCGAUUCAGCCACGGUCGGGGUGAACAGCGACCGUUUUGUCGCGUUCGGAAUCAAAUUCGUGAACACUGCCGGCCCCGAGAACCACCAGGCUGUAGCGUUCCGCGCUACAGGCGACCAGUCGGCGGCGAUCGACUGCGCGUUCGAAGGGUCGCAAGAUACGCUGUACGUGGACGCGGGGCGGCAGUUCUACUCCAACUGCUACAUCGGCGGCACGCAAGACUUCAUUUUCGGCGACGCGGCGGCCGUCAUUCAGAACGCGAAGAUCCAGCUGCAUCCCAGCAAGUCGUUCAUCACGCUCACCGCGUCGGGCCGCGCCAAGGACACGCCGACGGGGAUCGUGAUUCGCGACUCGGUGGUGAGCGCGGACAAGGGCGCGGCGAAGGCGUACCUGGGGCGGCCGUGGAAGAAGUGCGCGUUCACGGUCUUCGUGAACGUCGUGCUGCCGGCCGUCAUCCAGCCGGACGGGUGGCUGUCGUGGAACGAGGGCAGCUGCAUGUUUCUGGCGGAGGCCGGCAGCAAGGGCCCGGGCGCCAAGGGGUCGCGCGCCGACUGGGUGGACCCUGGGAUCAUCUCCAACGGCGCCUCCUACACCGCCGCUGCGUUUGCUGAAGUCAACUCCUGGCUCAUCCUCUCCUGA